GCCUGAACAUGACCUCUGCAGGGCAGAUACAACAGCACAACAUCACCGCUGCUCGCCACAGCCACGCCCCCGCCUGCAUCUCCGUGACGCUCGCCCGUACAUGGCGACAAGCCGCCCAGCACGCGUCUGACAUGCGCGCUUGAGGCCUCAACAUCGCGCCCCAGACUCGGCCGUGCCUGCCCCCCACGACCACCACCAUGGGCCAAGGCUUCUCCCUCACCACGCUCUCGGCCGGCUCGGCCAACAUCGACGUGCCAGAACUGGCCGACCUCCGCUAUGAAAAGUCUCUCGGAGCGGCCCGCUUCAUGAAGUCGGUCCGCGCCAGGCACAAGGAUGGCUUGGUCGUUGCCCGCGUCGUCAUGAAGCCGUAUGCCCAGUUCAAUCUCGACCGCUAUGUCAGACGUCUCGUGGAAGAGCGAAAUGUGCUCGCCCAAGUUCCCAACGCUCUGGGCUACCACAGAAUCCUCGAGACCGCCGUCGGAGGUUACCUUGUUCGUCAGUACAUCCAUAGCUCCCUGUACGACCGCUUGAGUACCCGUCCUUUUUUGGAAGAAAUCGAGAAGAAGUGGUUGUCGUUCCAGCUACUAUGUGCUGUCCGCGACUGCCACGCGCGGGCCAUCUACCACGGCGACAUCAAGACUGAAAACAUCCUCGUGACCUCGUGGAACUGGUUGUACCUCACAGACUUCUCGGCUUCCUACAAGCCGCCGUACCUUCCCGAAGACAACCCUGCCGACUUCUCCUUCUAUUUUGACAUGUCGGGACGCCGUACCUGCUACCUUGCACCUGAACGAUUCCUCGGUCCAGGAGCGCAGCCAGAAGGCGAAGGUACCGUCACGUGGGCCAUGGACAUCUUCUCUGUUGGCUGUGUGAUUGCUGAGCUGUUCUUGGAGUCUCCCAUCUUCAACCUUAGCCAACUCUACAAGUAUCGCACGGGCGAAUACGACCCCGUGCAUGUGCACUUGAGCAAGAUCAAGGACAAACACGUACGCGAGCUCAUCACGCACAUGAUACAGAUGGACCCCAACUCGCGGAUGUCUGCUGAAGACUACUUGGAACACUGGCAAGGCAAAGUCUUCCCACACUACUUUUAUGGGUUCCUCCAACAGUACAUGCAUUCCAUCACAGAUCCUUCUUCGGGUCGCAAACCCGUCACAACCGCCAACGAGCACCUUGGCGAGCCUGAUGAUAGGAUAGAGCAGAUCUACAGCGACUUUGAUAAGAUCUCCCAUCUCCUUUCGAGCAGCCAAGGCAACGCCCCCGAGAAGCCCCAACACUCGCCACCCAAGCCGAACGCAAGACUCUUCCCUCUUUGCAUCGAUAUACCAAACUAUCAACAUCAGACAUCUCCUACACCCAGCCUUGCUGUCGACGAUGGAAACCUCAUUUUCCUUACUAUCGUUGUAUCGUCCCUGCGAGGGACUGCCAGAGCAUCCGCUCGAUUGCGGGGCCUGGAGCUGCUCUUAGCUUUCGCUGAGAGGCUUACAGAUGAGGCCAAAUUAGACCGCGUCGUGCCCUAUGUAGCACAGCUACUAACGGACAAGUUCGUGCAAGUAAAGAUAGCGGCGCUACGCACAAUGACGCAGAUCCUAGACAUGGUACGUGUCGUGUCGCCGGUGAAUGCAUACGUUUUUCCCGAGUACGUUCUGCCUCGUCUGGAGCGCUAUUUGCCAGAUUCCUCCACGACAAUAGAUCCCUUAGUUCGGAUGCACUACGCUUGGUGUAUUGGAACCCUGGCUACCACGGCAGCGCGCUACCUCGACGUUAUUCAAGCGCUGCGUGCUGAAGGCACUCUUCCAGCAGCGGUUCCAGAAGCUGAAGAGGAACUCACAUCUUCCGUCCACCGUAACCAAUUCGAUUUAGACCGCCAAAACCUACUGGAAGCGUUUGAGAAGCACACAAAGUCUCUUCUCAUAGAUUCCAACUCAUCUGUGCGCCGAGCCAUGCUGCGAUCUGUAGGCGAGCUGUGCGUCUUCUUUGGAAGCCCUAGGGCCAACGAUGUUGUCUUGAGCCAUUUGAACACCUACCUAAAUGACCCUGAUUGGAUGCUCAAGUGCGCAUUCUUCGAAGCCAUAGUGGGCGUUGCCGUCUUCGUUGGCAGUGCUAGUUUAGAAGGUUACAUCCUCCCACUAAUGGUACAGGCUCUGACCGACCCGGAAGAAUUCGUGGUAGAGAAAGUCAUUAGAGCUCUCUCGGCGAUAGCUGAACAGGGCUUAUUUCAGCGCUCCAAGGCCUGGGAAUUAAUUGAUAUCGUAGCUCGUCUGACGAUGCAUCCGAACAUCUGGAUCCGAGAAGCAGCUGCGCAGUUUAUCGCAGCUGUGGCCAAGUGUCUUUCGGUCGCCGACAAGCACAGCAUCCUCAUCAAUCUGAUCAGACCAUAUCUUAAGAUUAUACCGUCAGAAUUCACAGAACUUCGUUUGCUAGACUCGCUCAAGAGGCCUCUGCCAAGGCUCAUCAUGGACAUGGCAUCAAAUUGGGUAACACAAGCGCAGAAAGGGGUGUUUUGGGCACCUGCGAAACAGCAACAGACAUUUUCUUUCGGUUCGUCAGAAGAUGCUCUGCCAACAAUAUCUGGAAGAGAGCUGGAUCUGAAGGUCUUGCAUCGAAUGCAGAAAACAGACGAAGACGAGCAGUGGAUACGAAAGUUGAGAAACGCGGGCCUGACUCUCGAUGAUGACUUUAAGCUAGUUGCGCUACGUGAGUUCAUAUGGAGGGUAACGCGGCGACGACGUUCAGACGACUUGGCGACAAGCUCUGCAAAGUUUAACAGCAUGGUAUCACUGAAAGACUUGAACAUCCGGCCACGCACGGUACUAUUCGAAAAUGCUCAGCAAACAGUGGAAGAAGCCCGCCGUGGGUCUGUGCAGGAUUAUGGGUAUCAACCGAAAACUAUCAGAGAUGCUCUAUUGGACGCUUCUACUACCGAGACUGAGGCGCAAGCUGCUCGUAACAUUGCAAAGGGCGGUAGCCAGGCCGAUGGAUUAGUGCAAGGACAGCGACCGCGUCGAAUCUCUAUACCGGCGCGACCAAAGCUAUCUUCGUCUCCGAGUGACUUUCGAUCAGGAAUAGAUUCGCCGGGCUCUGAUAUUACAGACCCUAAGAGGACUUCAUUAAAGGUACCACGGCGCGGCUCGCCUAAUGUACUCUCACCAGUUGGUUCGUUUGGUGCUGGGGAUCAUAUUCAUUCGCUACGACACAAAGGCAGUGCUCUCGCGCUCCUCAACAAAGGCGACAAGGCUCAAGCCGAGAUCGGCACUACGUCCACCAACGCAUCUGGGAAAGUUGACGGCGCCACUGCCCGAGAGGCUUCGCGCACUCGUCACCGACCUUCGUCUUUAGCAGGCGAUCGUAGACACGGAAGCCCUUCACGAAGCCGUCUCCGUGAUGCACACAACUAUACAGGCAACGAUCCGGCGGUGCUAAAGUUGCUUGACUCUAUGCUUCUCGAUCGAUUUCCCAUGGGAGCGAUGGAGUUUGGACCCAAGAUUGAGACAUCCAAUGAACCCUCCUUCAUCCGGUACAAGGACGGACACUUGCCACAAAAUGGGCUCCCUUGGAGACCGGAGGGCCGAUUACUGGGGGUUUUGGGUGAGCACACCGCCACUGUGCGACGCAUAUUGGUGGCUUCGGACCAAACUUUCUUCAUCACUGGAUCUGACGACGGCACUGUCAGAAUUUGGGAUCAACAUCGCUUCGAGCGGCAUCUCUCUUUGGGCGCACGACAGACAUACAGCCUUGGUGAAGGCGUCAAUGUGACCAGUCUAUGCUUCGUUGAGCAGACCUAUUGUUUCGUUGCCACGGGAAGCGACGGCAGUGUGCAUGUUGUCAAGGUUAGGUUUCAUGAAGACAAAGAAGAAGACAACAAAGGUGACAUCAUCGUCACAAGGAAGUUCUCACGACCCAGGAUGUUGCGUGAGUAUCAGUUGCCCGAAAGCGACUAUGUGACCUGGACGGAUCAUUACAACGACGAAACCAGAUCAGUCCUCCUAAUGGCAACCAAAACUUCAAAGGUUGUUGCGCUGGACCUCAAGACCAUGACAGAGAUGUACACCCUGAAGAGUCACGUUCAACACGGCUACCCCACCUGUUUUUGCGUAGAUAAAAAGGCACACUGGCUGCUACUUGGUACUUCGCACGGUGUGCUAGAAUUGUGGGAUCUUCGCUUCAAACUCCAGCUCAAGUCGUGGGCCUUCCAAGCGGCAACCGCCAUACAUCGCCUCUACUUGCGUCGCACCGGAAAGUCACGUGUCUAUAUUACCGGCGGUACUGGACAGGGCGAGGUCACCGUGUGGGACAUUGAGAAAACCGUCUGUAAGGAGGUAUACCGAACGGGCACGGCAAAGGACACCGGAUCAAAGACCACCACUCUGAUAGAUCUCGAUUCCGAAACAACAGGCGGUAUGCUCGAUCGGUUUUCCACCUUGGAGCCGACAAGCAAUACCGCUCCAGACAAGUGCGUAAGAGCCAUAGUUGUAGCAAGUCAAGCCACCACCCAAAAACCCGGCAGCCGAGCUCACACAUUUCUCUUAACAGCAGGUCCGGAUUGGAAAGUCCGCUAUUGGGAUACUGCGCGUCAAGACGCAUCCAUGGUAGUCAGCGGUAUGGAACAGGACGAGGCGAGGCCACAAUAUGCUACUAGUCAGCCCCCCUCCUCUCCAGAAACGCUGGUCGUGACCGAGCGACUAUCCCAACCUCAGAGUCAAAGUCUAACCUUGGCGAGUCGCGAUAGUCGAAGCGGGAAUAAGAAGACAUCUACGAAGAGCAGUCGCUCUGGGUUGAUCACCGUGCAGCAGCAACACUUACUGAGAGGGCAUCUGGAUACAGUCAUGGACGUUGCGCUCGUAGAGCAGCCGUACGGGAUGGUGGUCAGUGCAGACCGGUCGGGCAGGAUCUAUGUUUUCGCGUAGUAAGACUUGCAAGACAAGAAAGACUUUACAAGCAAGUACUGUGUAAGUAGGCAAUAUUUCAUGUCCAUUCUUCAGCCUUAUUUUUGCCAAGAUGGCUGCAGCUUCAGACGUGGCUGUUCGGGACUAUGUCUAGUGCUAAGUAUUACUCAUUUGCUUGACCGGUCGCAUUGCGCUCG